UAGUGAUAUAUGGUUAAGGUUAAGUUAUGCACAUAGCUGCAGACCGGAUUAAAAGGAUAGGUAGAGGUUUGCAGAUUUCGUAUAAUUUAUGUGUAAUCAUUCCGAAAUUACUUAUAAUUAAAAGUGAAAUUUAAUCUGUCCAUAAAAAGAAUUUUAUUAGUGGAACAAUACAAAUACCGUUAAAAAACUGAACGUACGCAAGGAAAAUUUUAAAAGUAGAUCAAGAUGCAAGAAUCUCAACCGAAGAAAGGCAAGAAAGCUAGAAGAAAGCGCAAUGAUAGUGAUGAAGAUAUCGAAAAAGUUUUGGCUGAAUUGGAAUUGGAAUAUUCUGGACAAAAGAAAGAAGUUAAAGAUGAGCCAGCUGAACAGAAACCUGAAGAUGAAGAUAAAAAGAAGAAAGGAAAAAAGGAUAAGAAGAAGGAAAAAGGUGAUGUCAUUGAUAUUAAAGAAGAGUUAAAGGUUAGUGAAUACCUUGAAGUAAAUAAUAUUGAUGAUGAAAUGGAAGUUGGUACCGUAAAAACUGCUGCACAGAAGAAGAAAGAAAAGAAAGAAAGAGAAAAGCAGAAGAAACUUGCACAGAAAAAAGCUGAAAUAAUUAAGAAGGGAGAAAAUGAAGAAGAAAAGGCUGCAUCUACAACAGAAAAACAAGGCAAAAAAGAACUAGAAGUAAAGGUUCCAGAAACAAAAACAACAGAAUUGAAGGAGGCCAAUGAAGCAGAUAUUUCUGCACCUGGUGAAGGUGACGAGGGAAAGAAGAAAAAAAAGAAAGGUGGAAAAGAGGAAACCAAGGAAAAAGGCAAAGGUCCUGGGAAGAAGACUAUUGCUGCAAUGCAGGAAGCCUUAAAGAAAUUGAAAGAGGAAGAAGAGAGGUUAAAACGAGAACAAGAAGAAAAGUUACGGCAAGAAGAAUUGCGGGAACAAGCUCGAUUAGAACAACUCAGACUUGAACAGGAACGGAAGGAAAGGAAAAAACUUAAGGAAAAGCAGAGAAAAGAAAGAUUGAAGGCAGAAGGGAAACUUUUGACUACGAAACAAAAACAAGAUAGGGCCAGAGCACAAGCUAUGCUCAAUGCACUUAAAGCUCAAGGUUUAGAUUUACCAGGUGUAGGGGAGAAGAAACCUCCUAGACCAGGAACUCGUGUAAGGCCGAACAAGGUAAAACAGCAAGUAAGUGUCGAUGAAAAAGAUGAUGAAAAAGUAGAAGAAAAUGUGGCAGAAGCAAAUAGAGUUGAAUUAGAAAUCGUGGAUCAGCAACCAAAGGAGUUUGAAGAAAAGGAAGAUGAUGUCAAAGAUUCAUGGGAUGCUGAAACUACUGAAGAUGAACAGGAUGAAGAUAAUUUCAUAGAUAAAUUAGUAGACGAUGUGCCAAAAACUCCUGAAAAGCUUAAGGCAACGAUACUUUUACUCGAGAAAGAAAAGCGGUCACAAAUUGUAGAAGCUGGAAAGGAAUCUUCAGAAAGUGAAUCAGAGAGCGAGAGCGGUAGUGAAUCAGAGACAGAAGAAAGUGAAGAUGAUAGUGGCGUAGAAGAUAAAGUAUCAGAUGCAGCGAGGAAAAAGGAACGAGUUAGAGAACGAAUACAACUCCGAAGGAUAGAAGCGGAAAAGAAAAAAUCGGUAGAUAAUCUCAGAGCUGCCGUAGUGUGCGUUCUAGGUCAUGUUGAUACUGGCAAAACAAAAAUUCUCGAUAAGUUGAGGAGAACAAAUGUACAAGACGGUGAAGCGGGCGGUAUAACUCAACAAAUUGGUGCCACAAAUGUACCUAUCGAUGCUAUUCGAGAAUCAACGAAACACGUGAAAGGAUUUGAUGAAAACAAAUUUAAAAUACCUGGACUUUUGAUAAUAGACACUCCUGGACACGAAUCUUUUAGUAAUUUAAGAAACCGAGGAUCUUCUCUAUGUGAUAUAGCGAUAUUAGUCGUAGAUAUUAUGCAUGGUUUAGAACCACAAACUAUCGAAAGUAUUAAUUUGCUUAAAACGAAGAAAUGUCCUUUCAUUGUAGCUUUAAAUAAAAUUGACAGAUUAUAUGAUUGGCAAACUAUGAAUCGGAAAGAUGUUCAAGAUAUUGUAAAAAGUCAAGCUAUUAAUACACAACGUGAGUUUGAAAAACGUUCGAAGGAUGUUAUUGUGCAAUUUGCGGAACAAGGCCUGAAUGCUGCGUUAUUUUAUGAAAAUCCAGAUCCUAGAAGUUAUGUUUCCCUUGUACCUACUAGUGCUAUUACAGGCGAGGGUAUGGGCAAUCUACUAUCGUUAAUAGUAGAUGCCUGCCAAGGUCCACUAGCUAAGAGGCUCAUGUAUAGCGAAGAGCUUCAAGCCACUGUUUUAGAAGUGAAAGCAUUACCAGGCCUUGGAACAACAAUAGAUUGUAUUCUAGUCAAUGGAAUAUUAAGAGAAGGUGAAACAAUGAUAGUAGCAGGUACCGAUGGUCCAAUAGUAACUCAAAUACGUUCACUUCUUAUGCCACAACCGUUGAAAGAAUUAAGAGUCAAAAAUGCGUAUAUCGAACAUCGUGAGGUUAAAGCAGCGCAAGGAGUAAAAAUUGCUGCAAAGGAUUUAGAAAAAGCGAUUGCAGGAUUGAAUCUCCAAGUGGCUCACAAACCAGAUGAAGUGGAUGUCCUGAAAGAAGAAAUCGCGAAAGAGUUGACAAGUGCUCUUGGCAAUAUUCGACUCGUGGAACGUGGUGUUUACGUGCAAGCGUCGACAUUAGGAGCCCUCGAAGCGUUAUUGGACUUCCUUAAAAGUAGCAAGAUACCGUAUGCUGGAAUUCGCAUCGGCCCUGUAGUCAAGAAGGAUGUUAUGAAAGCCUCUAUCAUGUUGGAACACGAUAGUCAGUACGCCACGAUCUUGGCGUUUGACGUGAAGAUCGAGAGAGACGCUCAAGAGUUGGCCGACUCGUUAGGAGUUAAAAUCUUCCAGGCAGACAUUAUUUACCAUCUCUUCGACAAGUUCACCUCGUAUAGAGAAGAACUGAAGCAACGUAAACGAGACGAAAACAAGCAUAUCGCUGUAUUUCCUUGUAAACUUCGUAUCUUGCCACAGUACAUCUUCAACUCUCGAGAUCCUAUCGUAAUGGGCGUGAUGGUGGAAGCCGGGAUCGUAAAAGAAGGAACACCGCUUUGCGUGCCCAGCAAAGACUUCGUCGAAUUGGGUAUGGUUACGAGCAUAGAAUACAACCAUAAGCCCGUGGAAUCUGCGAGGAAAGGUCAGGAAGUCUGCGUGAAAAUCGAGCCAAUACCUGGCGAGGCGCCGAAAAUGUUCGGCCGUCAUUUCGACGAGAAAGACUUCGUUGUGAGCAAGAUAAGCAGGCAAAGCAUAGACGCCUGUAAGGAAUACUUCAGGGACGAUCUGGUGAAAACUGAUUGGCAACUGAUGGUAGAACUGAAAAAGCUCUUUCAGAUACUCUAGGACAUACUGGACUGGGUGGAAACAUUGAAGCUCCAUCGAUGGUUUUAUGGGUUGACAAAUGUAGGAGCGAGGGCUGCGAUCAACGAGCACACAGACCAUCUUGGAUUCGUUUCUGAUCGUUGUCGAUCGUUCUCCCGAAUUGUAAUAUAUACGUCGAAUUUUCUGAUCUUUCUGUCGUUGUACUUGAUAUACGCAAAUAAUCGACGCACGCCUUGCUUCAUUCUGUGAUCCCUCGAAACGUUCUUCAGGUUUCAUUGCACGUGAUCCCUGUUUUGAGAAAUAAUGUUAAAAAUCGCUCAAGCUAGAAGUCACGCAGAAUCAACGUUUCUUUUGAUUAGAAGUUUUCCGAGACGAAUAGAAGAUUGAUGCACGGAAUUACAUAUUCGCUUAAUCGAUAUGUAGUGACGCGUUCUUCUUCGUGUCACGUAAACGCUGUUAUCGAUGUUUUCACGAACUGCGUACAGUACCACUGAACACAGCAAUGGAUAUGAAAUCAAAAGUCAAAACUUAAUGAUGUAGCGUCGAAUAUUAUUUUUAAUAAUUUUUAAUAAUAAUUUCGUGACGCGUACGAGACGACGUCGCGUCAUCAAGUUCGAAACGAGGCCGCGCGAUACGACGGUUUCUGCUCGAAAGCUUUGCAACAAAGGCAAACGAUCCAAAAACUCCGCAGUACUUAAUCACCGUGCUCACGCCGGGCUCAACGAGAACACGCAGAACGAAAAGAAACCAUGUCGAAUAGUUGAAUUGUUUAAUGCGUACAAUUGAAUAUCGUUAACAAAUCGUGUCUUAGAAAACCGUGUCUUACGAUUAGCAAAACCGGACGUAACCUCCCGAUCGCUGCUGAAUCGAGCUGUUACCAUAAAGCAGAACUAGAUUUCGCCAUAGCAGUUCGAUAGCCGUGUAACCGAGGAAAAUAGCUCGCAAAUAGUUGGAAACGAAAUCUGCAUAAAUGUUGGAAAUAUUUUUUGAGAUUAGAAAACGAGAUUUUUUGAACGAUAUGGCCGAACGAAGCGGGCAAAAAAGGCAAACACAGAAAGACAAAAUAACGAAACGGAAUAGGACUUCUAGGAUCCAGAAGAUUGUAAAUGUAUCGAAACUAAAUUAUCCUGAUAGGUUUUAUAGAGCAGAGAGACAAGAGGGGCCUUGGAACAAUUUUAUUACGUCGAUGAUCUUUGAGAAACGAAAUACAAUAUACCUGUGCUCGCGCUAAAUUCGAUCUCGGACGAUAACCAUGCAGCAGGAAGCGAAAACGAAAGAAAUUGAAGAAAAGUCCUUAGCGUUCUCUAGUUUCCGGUCACUUAGAUCUCUGAAUUAGCCGUCGACGAGUUGAACGAGUUUCGUCCGAUACUACCUCGCAUGCGGUUGCGCGAGGCGAACAAGGCGGUGACUGUUCGAACGAAAUGGGACUUCCGUCUUCUCUCUUUCUCCUCUUCCACCGACGAUUCGACCGCAACGAUUCCUCCCGUUUUUGCGAUCAAUCCUACGUCACACGCUCCGGUUUCCUUGCCCGCGACAAGCCACUCUAUUCGCGCCGUGUCUUUUUUGGGCUUGUUACGAGGCUCGUCCAUCUUCCCGUGGCAAUUCCAAAGAAAAAUCCAACGAGGGAUAAUCUUUUCUAUCCCUCGUUCUUUUUAGUAAAAUUUACCGAAUGCAAUGUAGGAAUUUAAUCGCGUCUAUCUUCUUUUCUAACUCUCGCACUAACUAACAUUUGGUUUAUUACGGGGAAAUUUAGUUAACUUAGCUUCAACUGUGGAUGUUCGUGCAUUUUUAGGAAAUUUAAAAAUGCGAAAAUAUACAGAAUGUAUACGAUACGACAAAAGAUAUAUAUGAUAUUUGAUACACGAAACGGUAAUGUUUAGAUUCGACUUACUUGUUUGUGUUCGAGAAAAUGUGAAUUUACGUAAAGAUCCGCAGUUCAGCUGCGAAAGUCGCGUUGCCGAAACAUAAUUGUGCAAUAGGGAUAUAGUGCUAAUAUAUUCUCGCGAGCUUUCACGGAUGUCUUUAAUAUUUAUAACAUUGAAUGUUUAAAUGCGUGGAAUUUCUCUAUAAAGUGAAUUGAAAACAUUGAUAUACGGAUAGAGGAAAACAUAAUAUGGUAUUAAUUAUGACGACGAAUUUUGUCACGAAUGGUAAACUCGUCUGAGUGUUGGUACUCACGAUCGAUUCGUGGAAGCAGAAGCGUGUCUCGCAUACAGUUUCCUCCGACGUGUUUCCGGUUUCGUCGUGUCGAGAACACACGUGCAAGGAAGAGAAGGAAGAGAGACAGAAAGGGGAGUAGGUGUAGAUACGUGAAUCGGAGGAAGAUAGCGAAUGAAUGAGUGACUGAGAGACAGCGAGAAAGAUAGCGUGUAUGCGUGAGAAAGAGAAAGAAGAUAGAAGAGCAAAAAAAGUAGAAUGAUGUUACAUUAGAAGAAGAAAAAAAGGAAAUGAUAUAUGAGAGCCUCACGUGUUUUGUAUAUGUAUUCACUUUGUAUAAAAUAAUCGAGCGAAUUAUCGCGAUAAAAAAUAAAGAUCACAAGUUUCACAAGAAAAGAA